CAGAACAGAAGCAUGGAUCUCGGUAUCCCUGACCUGCUGGACGCGUGGCUGGAGCCCCCAGAGGAUAUCUUCUCGACAGGAUCCGUCCUGGAGUUGGGACUCCACUGCCCCCCUCCAGAGGUUCCGGUGACUAGGCUACAGGAACAGGGACUGCAAGGCUGGAAGUCCGGUGGGGACCAUGGCUGUGGCCUUCAAGAGAGUGAGCCUGAAGAUUUCUUGAAGCUUUUCAUUGAUCCCAAUGAGGUGUACCGCUCAGAAGCAUCUCCUGGCAAUGACAGUGGCACCUCUGAGGACCCCUGCCGUCCAGACAGUCCCCCUGCCCCCAGGGCAACCAGUUCUCCUACGCUCUAUGAAGUUGUCUAUGAGGCAGGGGCCCUGGAGAGGAUGCAGGGGGAAACUGGGCCAACUGUAGGCCUCAUCUCCAUCCAGCUAGAUCAGUGGAGCCCAGCAUUUAUGGUACCUGAUUCCUGCAUGGUCAGUGAGCUGCCCUUUGAUGCUCAUGCCCACAUCUUGCCCAGAGCAGGCACCUUAGCCCCAGUGCCUUGUACAACCCUGCUGCCCUGUCAAACCCUGUUCCUGACGGAUGAGGAGAAGCGUCUGCUGGGGCAGGAAGGGGUUUCUCUGCCCUCUCACCUGCCCCUCACCAAGGCAGAGGAGAGGGUCCUCAAGAAGGUCAGGAGGAAAAUCCGUAACAAGCAGUCAGCUCAGGACAGUCGGCGGCGGAAGAAGGAGUACAUUGAUGGGCUGGAGAGCAGGGUGGCAGCCUGUUCUGCACAGAACCAAGAAUUACAGAAAAAAGUCCAGGAGCUGGAGAGGCACAAUAUCUCCUUGGUAGCUCAGCUCCGCCAGCUGCAGACGCUAAUUGCUCAAACUUCCAACAAAGCCGCCCAGACCAGCACUUGUGUUCUGAUUCUUCUUUUUUCCCUGGCUCUCAUCAUCCUGCCCAGCUUCAGUCCAUUCCAGGGUCGACCAGAAGCUGGGCCUGAGGAUUACCAGCCUCACGGAGUGACUUCCAGAAAUAUCCUGACCCACAAGGACAUAACAGAAAAUCUGGAGACCCAAGUGGUAGAGUCCAGACUGAGGGAGCCACCUGAAGCCAAGGAUGCAAAUGACUCAACAAGGACACUGCUUGAGAAGAUGGGAGGGAAGCCAAGACCCAGUGGGCGCAUCGGGACCGUGCUGCAUGCAGAUGAGAUGUGAGCUGGAACACACCUUCCUGGCCCACUUGCUGAUCACAAGGAAUCCUGGGCUUCCUUACGGCUUUGCUUCCCACUGGGAUUCCUACUUAGGUGUCUGCCCUCAGGAAUCCAGAUCACUUCAGGACACCCCAAGAGAUGUCCUUUAGUCUCUCUCUGCCUUAGGCCCAGUCUGCAUUUGUUUGCAUAUAUGAGAGGGUACCUCAAAUACUUUUGUUAUGUAUCUAUGAUUUUAUUUCUUCUUUGGGGAUAGGGUUGAGGGGAAAUAAGUUUUGAGUGAUAAAUAAACGUUUUAACUGAAAUUGUAUCCCAGAAGUCUCAUAUAAGUAGUAGAAGAGGGGGAAAACAAGGGAGAAGUGGUGGGGAAGACUUGGUAGAUUAGGGCCUUAAGUAGCCACCUCCUUUCCCUCUCUGCCCCCAUGACUUCCUGCUCCAAGUUACAGAAGGGAAGGAAACCAUUUUACUCUUUUUAUUCUGCUCAUUAAUGAUCUGAAAGAAGAGGACGGGGAAAAGGGGAUUCCACCACAAGGCUCCAAAGAACCAAGAGUGCAAAUCAGUCCAUUUCACUUUCACUGUCUGAGAUUGGGUCUCUAAGACCCAGGAUAAAAGGGUGGAAUGUAGCUAUAUGGACUCAAUUUGCUUCCGGACCUUUUCCAGAGCCUUUCUGUCCAGUUGUCGCUGACGAAUGAUGACAAGACAAGCGAAGAUCAGGGCCACAAACACAACAGCCCCUUCGAACUUCCAGAAUAAGUGUUGUUCCAUCAAAGCUGAGCGGCAGCUUUUGAACUCAAUUCUCUUAGAUGAGCUGCAUGUGAUUUUCUCUACAUACCCUGUGGGACCACACUCAGGGGUAGUUUUAGCCUGGAAAUUAGAGCAUGGAGAGCACUCUGUUGUUACCACAAACUCUUCCACCAGCCAACAUGGCAAAUUUGAGGUGCUCGCUGACAGCUUCUCCUCCUGCACGGGAGCCUCUGCUUGACAGAGCUUUAAGGUGAAAGCACAGAGCAACCAGCAGAGGUGGCGGCCCUGGGGGAGGCCAUGCCUCCCGGAGCCCGCAGGCAUGGAGCGCUAAGUGUCGCACCUGUCGGAACAGAGGGACCUACUCCGCAGGCCUCGUGCCUCCGUCAGAGCGCAGAGGCGGCACUUACUCUGCAGCCCUCCCAGAGGUUCCAGGUCAGGGCAGGGAAGGCCGAAGUUGCCUGUCGGAGCAGAGGAUCUUUCGGGACGUCCCCGUUGCCACAGCGAGAAAAAUCGAUUACGCGUUUGUGGGCUAGGAAGGCGAGCGCCUUCUGCGGGGUCCACAGGGCGCUGGAGGAAGGGCCGGCGGGGGCGCACGGCCCUAGCGCCCGCUCACCUCCGCUCCCGCCCCCGACGCAGCCAUCUAGCCCCGUGGAUGAUCCUCGGGCGCUGGCCCGAGCUGGGGGCCCGGUGUUCCCGGGCGCGUUCCGUCGUAGCCCGCUGGGGCUUGUAGUCUUCCGCGGUCGGUGGCGCCUCGCCUGCUGGGAAUUAGCUCGGCGCCCCGUUGCAUUGUGGUCCCGGUAGUCUUUGCGAGAAUAGCAAAUGGCGGUUGCGGAGGCUCGUCUGGAUUCUUGGCUC